GGUUCGGAAGUUUACGUCAGGGUAUUUACAUACAUGCACUGUGGUCUAUUUUUCAUCCGUUGUUACAAUUUUACUGCUGGUUAGUCUCUAUCCUCAGAGUUUGAUUCUAAGGGCCGACCAAAAAUGUCAGUGUCACACCGGCUAUUUUCACAAAUCUCAGGUACAGACUUUGCUGGGAGAUAAAGGGAGAAAUAACGACACAACUGAGGAAACGACGAGACAAAAGAAUAGCGUAGCAUAUAAGAUUAUCGUGAAUGUUUGUUAAAAUGCAUAAUGAGUGAUUUGAAUUACUCCAAGAGAAAAGGUGCCUUUCUUCUUGGCAGUUAGUGAAUGUUACACUCUACUAGAAUGCAUAUGCUAUUCCUAUGUAAGUUUGUUAAUAUACAACCAAAAGCAAUCAUGAGAUAAUUAGACUACAACUAAAUGAAAUCAUGAGAUAGUUAGACUAAUAUGACCUCUCCAUCUCUGAACAUCUGAAUGUGGAGUUUGAAUAUGCAUUUUUAUUUAGAUUUUUUGAAUUUUGUUCUUCAUACUCUUGUUGAGAUACGAGGUUUGAUUUUAUUUUCCCUAUCAAGAAUUUGAACUUAGUAUUUCUGAAGUUAGUUUUUUAUCAAAAUGAUUUAUAGAUGGAGAGAAGGUAGAUUACUUUAUGUUAUUAAACAAUUAAGUAUUUUUCUUAUAAACAUGGAGACUUUUUUCUAAACAAAAAAUAGACCACAAAUAAUUAUAUAGGUAGAGUUUUGUAUAGUAAAAUAUAUUUUUAUGUUGGCUUGGUAAAGUUAUCAAAAACUUUCUACAGGUGAAGUAACUCAUGAUGGUUAAUGAUCAUUUUAUUUGCAAAACAAAGAAGCAUAGGAAUUGUGGAAGAAGCUUGAGACGCAAGCACACUAGACGUGAUAUGAAAUGACUUGAGUUCAAUUCAACUAAACUUUGUUGAAAUUAUGCUGAGUGUUGGGUGCAACUACUCCCCUCACCUAAGUCUGUUCCCUUUCAAUGUCUCAAUUUCUAUUCUCAAUUUCAAAGGGAGCAACAUAAAAUAAGUUAAAACAUUUUUUUCAAGUUUAAAACCUAGGGCGUCGAACAAGUUUGCAAAGCAUGGUUAUGCAAAUAUAUAUAAUCAUUCAUAAAAUUAAGUAUGUUUCCAUGACUUUAAUUUUUAAUCUAAAUAUCAACUAGUUUUUAUCAGCUAAAUAAACUUCAGUGAUACUGGCUGUUAUCAUUUUUUUGUCUAACAUCCAGAGAUUUAUUUGGUACUGGAAUCAUCUUUAUGUCAGGUGUUUAAUCUAAUCCUAUCUAACAUAUUUUGUCUAAAUACACUUUUAAUGUUAGUUAAAAAAAAUCAAACCAUGGUUUUCAAUGAUAAAUGUGAAAGGAAGCAAAAACAUAACCAACGAACUGAUAAAGACACUUUAAUAUGUUGGUGACCGGUAAAUUUAAUUUUCUUUUGAAUAAUUAGAACCUAAUUCUUCCAAACACCACAUAAAAUUAAUACAUAACUCGCAUGUAAUUUUUCACUAUAAAUAGAAUCUUUCCCUCUUCCAAAAUCACUCAAACCAUCCUCUCAUCUAUCUCGUAAUCACCUCAUUUACCUUAACCUCAGAAAAAAAUUGAAGCUCAAAGUUUAAAACACAGACCAUGACGUCCCUUUACACAUUCUCUUGCUUGUUUUUCUUUUGUUCCCUUCUCUCCGCUUCAUCGAUCAUCGCUAAAGUUCAACACCAUAACUUCGUCAUACAAGAGACACCAGUGAAGAGGCUGUGCAAGACCCGCAAUGCUAUCACCGUUAACGGAGUGUUCCCGGGACCCACACUAGAAGUCAAUGACGGCGACACUCUUGAAGUCAAAGUCCUUAACCGUGCCCGUUACAAUAUCACCAUCCACUGGCAUGGUGUGAGGCAGAUGAGAACUGGAUGGGCUGAUGGGCCUGAAUUCGUGACCCAAUGCCCAAUCCGACCCGGAAAGAGCUACACAUACCGCUUCACUAUCCAAGGCCAAGAAGGAACAUUGUGGUGGCACGCACAUAGCUCCUGGCUCCGAGCCACCGUCUACGGUGCACUCAUCAUCCACCCAGCCCUUGGUUCCUCUUUUCCUUUUCCUAAACCGGACAGUCAAACCGCUCUCGUACUCGGGGAAUGGUGGAAUGCAAAUCCCGUUGAUGUAAUAAACCAAGCGACUCGAACCGGAGCUGCUCCGAAUAUAUCCGAUGCUUAUACCAUCAAUGGUCAACCCGGUGAUCUCUAUAAUUGCUCAAACAAAGAGACUGUUGUAGUACCGGUAAACUCAGGUGAAACAAGUCUACUACGAGUGAUCAACGCAGCUCUAAACCAACCACUAUUUUUCACGGUGGCUAACCACAAGCUCACCGUGGUCGGAGCCGACGCAUCCUAUCUCAAACCAUUCACCACAAAGGUCCUCAUGUUAGGUCCGGGUCAAACCACCGACGUACUUUUAACCGCAGACCAACCGCCCAAACGCUAUUACAUAGCAGCUAGAGCAUAUCAAAGCGCCCAAAACGCACCGUUUGAUAACACUACUACAACAGCAAUUCUCCAUUACAGAAACACGACAAAAACUUCUCCACCAGUCACACUGUCUUUGCCUGCCUUCAACGACACGAACACCGUGACGUCAUUCUCAAGAAAAUUCAAAUCUCUUCGAAACGUCGUCGUACCAAAAACAAUUGACGAGAACUUGUUCUUCACCAUCGGCUUAGGCCUCGAUAACUGUCCCAAGAACUUUCCCAAGAACCGGUGCCAAGGCUUAAACGGAACCCGGUUUACCGCCUCAAUGAACAACGUCUCGUUUGUUCUACCGUCGAACUUCUCGCUCUUGCAAGCGCAUUCCAACGGUAUUCCCGGCGUUUUCACGACGGAUUUUCCAGCUAAACCGCCGGUUAAAUUCGAUUAUACCGGAAAUAAUAUUAGCAGGGGUCUGUUUCAGCCGGUUAAGGGUACUAAACUGUAUAAACUCAAGUAUGGAACGAGAGUUCAGAUUGUGUUACAGGACACGAACAUUGUUACGUCGGAGAAUCAUCCUAUUCAUCUUCAUGGUUACGAUUUCUACAUUGUCGCUGAAGGGUUUGGUAACUUCAAUCCCAAGAAAGAUAAUUCUAAGUUUAACCUUGUUGAUCCUCCACUUAGAAACACUGUGGCUGUUCCUGUUAAUGGAUGGGCUGUUAUCAGAUUCGUGGCUGAUAAUCCUGGGGUUUGGUUGAUGCAUUGUCACUUAGAUGUUCAUAUCAAAUGGGGUCUUGGUAUGGCGUUUUUGGUCGAGAAUGGUGUUGGAGACUUGGAGACUCUUGAAGCUGCUCCUCAUGAUCUACCUGUUUGCUAGUAUCACGGUCGAAAUCAUCACAGAGAUUAUAGUUCCAACAAAGGAGACGCUAUUAGAAUUUUUGGUGUUGUAUUGGAUUAAAAUGUAAUUGUGCAACACAAGUCUUGUUUCUGCUUAGUGUGCAAAUGUCUAUCAUAGUCCAUGUUGUCUCUACGAAUUGUUGUAAGAAAUUUCACUAUAUUGAUUUUGAGCACAAUGAUAUAGCUUGCGAGGUGUAGUGAAAUCACAA